AUGUGUAAUAAGAAACAAUUGAAUGAACUUGAUUCAAUUGAUAAUGAUAAUGUUUUGGAUUCGAGUGUUCUAUCGUUACAAGCAAAUAGACUUUUUAAUCGAAGUACAAGUAAUCCAGAUUUAUCUCCAUCAUCAAUUAGUAGUAAAUCAAUGUCUUCAUCAACAAAUGCACCAAUCAAUGAUGACAACUAUUCACCAUUUGUUAUUAAAGUUUACCGUAGUGAUCAAUCAUUUAAAUACUUUCCUUUGCAUAAGGAAACCACUGCAAAACAAGUUGUUAUGUUAGCUAUCAGUGAGUUCGGUAUUGUCGAUCCAAGCAGAUGCUAUUCAUUAUGUGAAGUAUCAUUUGAACAUAAUGCUAUUAAACAAAAACGUUUGCCUGAUCAUAUUGAUAAUUUACCAGAGCGUCUUCCAAUAAAUGCUCGUUACUAUUUAAAAAAUAAUCAUUCAACAGAAACACUCGUUCCGGAUCAUUUAUCUAAUGAGUUAUUACGUGAAGGACGCACUAGUUUCCUUCAAUUGGAUUCAUUAGAAAUAUGUGCACAAUUAACUUUACGUGAUUUUGCUUUAUUUAAAUCUAUUCAAACAACAGAAUAUAUCGAUCAUGUAUUUAAACUAAAAUCUGGAUAUGGUAUACCUCAACUUGAAAAAUUCCUUAAAUUACCAAAUGAAGAAAUGUAUUGGACAAUCACAGAGAUUAUGCGUGAAAAUAAUUUAGUACAACGUUCAAAAGUUAUUAAACAUUUCAUUAAAAUUGCCAAAUGUUGCAAAGAUAUGAAAAAUUUUAAUUCAAUGUUUGCUAUUGUUAGUGGACUUGAUCAUAAGAGUGUACAACGUUUACAAUCUACAUGGGAACGUGUACCUGAUAAACAUAAAAAAACAUUUGAAGAAUUGAAAUCUCUACUUGAUCUAUCUCGAAAUAUGUCUGUCUAUCGAAACUUAUUGAAAAAUGAAUCCGUCGUUCCACCUAUUAUUCCCAUGUUUCCGGUGUGUAUGAAAGAUUUGACAUUUAUUAAUUUGGGAAAUCCAACUCAAGACGAUGGCUUAAUUAAUUUCGAAAAGCUACGAAUGAUUGCCAAAGAAAUUCGACAAAUUACAAAUAUGGCAUCUUCCCCUUAUGAUAUUUCAAAUAUGUUCGAUUCACCAACAUCUCAUUCACAAAUAUUUGCUGGUUUCGGGCAUCAAUCAUCAACGGAUUCGUUUGGCACAAUACGAAGACAUCAAACAUAUAAUCGAGUGUCUUCUGUUAUUUCAAAUGCUAAACGAAUUUAUGAUGAAUCAUUAAUGGUUAAGAAAGUCAAAACUUAUUUAAAUAAUGCUGAAAUAAUCGACGACGAAAAUCGUCUACUAGAGUUCGCCAAUCAAUUUGAACCAGUUGCAUUAGGAGGCAUACCUGCAUCCCCAUCGAUAUCACUUUCUAAAGUCUCAGCGGUCGUUGAUGAAAGUGAAUUUUGCAUUGGGAAUACACCAAAAAUUUCAAGAGUAAAAGAAGAACACCAUGAUGUUGAUAAUGAAAAACAUCCUGCAAUUACGAAAAUUGAAGGCAAACAUAAUAAUCGUAAUAGACAUCUUAUAUUACGUCCGCAUUCAUCGCCAUCAACACUCAGAGCAUUCAAAACUGCUCUUUACCAUGUGAGCACACUUAAACGCCGUCCUUCACCAUCAACAUCAAGUUUAUCAUCUAAUUCAUCAUGUGAUCGUCGUGCUGCUCCUAUACAACUGACGAAAUUCGGAAGUUUCUCAGGUACACAAUCACCGGACGCUGUGAAUAAACUACUUCGUCUAUCAGACAGUAGCCAUCAAAUUAAAGCUCGUGCGCCACAACGACCUAAUCAACCACCAGCAUCGUCUAAUACGUCUAGUACUUCAACAGCCAAUCCAACAUCGCCAAUAAUCAAUAAUAUAACAACAUCAACGGGACUUUCAUCAUUUGCUGAGCCAAGUCUUCCUCAUCGUCAUCAACAUCUAGCUAAAAUGCGUGACACAAAUAAGUUAACAAGUGAAAGUUCAAGUUUAAAUUUCAAACCACCAACAUCAACAUCCUAUUCACAACUUAUAAGAUCUCAUACUCACAUCAAUCAGAAUAAUAAUGAAUUAACUAAAGAAAUUGGUGGUGAUUCUGGACGCGGUAGUCUUAACUCCACUGAUACUUGUGUUGGCGAUGGAAGUGAAAAAUCAUCUAGUACGAUUGGUGAUGGCUUUUCAUCCGUUAAAAUUCGAAAUAGACCUCCAAUACCUCAAUCUAAUUCUGUCACAUCGUCUCGUCAUGAUGGUGCACAAAUGCCAAAAUUGAUGCGUAAUUGGCUACAACGUUCUCAAUCUGAAAACGAAGUGACUACAACUGAUGUAGCUGAUCGAGAGGGAACAGCAGUCGAUUUCGACGAACAUGAACAAGUGACAGCUGUCUAA